AUGGCUUAUUACUACUCAUCCACCCGUUCUUCUCCCACUACUUCUCCGACUCCAUUAAUGUCGUUUUUCUAUCUUUGCCUUAUCAUCUUAUUCCUCAGUACUUCCUCUGCGUUUGGUAGUGGAUUAGGGGUCUCUUCCUCUCAGUCGUCAUCAAGUGAAACAGAGGCUCUACUCAAAUGGAAAGCCACUCUCCAAAACUACUCUGUCCCUGCUCUCCGUUCUUGGAAGCUUACAUCAUCAUCCUCAGCACCAAUCCCCUGCUGCAACUGGUUUGGUAUAACUUGUAACAAAGCCCGAACCAGCGUGGUUGAGAUUAGCCUUCCAGGACUGGAGCUGCAAGAGCUUGCCUAUACUAUGGUUAUAACUGAGAAGUGUGAUGUAUAUAGUUUCGGAGUACUAGCACUAGAAACAAUUAUGGGAAGGCAUCCAAGGGAGCUCAUCUCAUCUUUAACAUCACUAGUUGGCCAAAAGAUGUUGUUAAGGGAUAUGUUAGACCCAUGUCUCACCUUUCCAUCGGAU